CCAGAGCCACUCAAUCAUCCAAUCGUCAGAUCACUUGAGGAAUUGCCUCCGAUCAGUUCGCAUUUCUCAGCAGUUUCCGCCUGAUUCCACAGUUCUUCCGUGAUGGCAAGUGUGGCUAAGAUUCUCGUGGGCCGUGUGGGCACCAUUGCCAGGGCGUCCACGGCGUCAAAUCUGCGGAUGUUCUCAUCCGCCCCGGCGUAUGAAUUCAUCAAGGUGGAGAAGUCCGGUGAGAAGAGCAACGUGGGCGUCAUCACGCUGAACCGGCCCAAGGCUCUGAAUGCUCUCUGCAAUGGUCUGAUGACGGAGGUGAGCAAGGCUCUGGAUCUCCUGGAGGCGGACACGUCCGUGGGCGCGAUUGUCAUCACGGGCAGCGAGAAGGCGUUCGCCGCGGGGGCGGACAUCAAAGAGAUGCAGAACAACACAUACGCCAAGUGCAUCAUGGGGAACUUCCUCAAUGACUGGACGCGCGUGGCCAAGACGCAGAAACCAGUGAUCGCGGCGGUGAAUGGAUACGCCCUCGGCGGAGGCUGUGAGCUGGCCAUGAUGUGCGACAUCAUCUAUGCUGGGGACAAGGCCAAGUUUGGGCAGCCAGAGAUUGCCAUCGGCACGAUUCCCGGCGCCGGCGGGUCGCAGCGACUGACACGUGUUGUGGGCAAGUCCAAGGCCAUGGAGAUGUGCCUCACGGGUGACAUGAUCACCGCCCAGGAGGCGGAGAAGAUGAACCUGGUGAGCAAGGUGGUGCCGGCGGAUAAACUGGUGGACGAGGCAGUGAAGCUGGGCGAGAAGAUCAGCAAACACUCGCCGCUGAUUGUGGCGCUCUGCAAGGAGGCCGUCAACACGGCCUACGAAACUACUCUGGCCGAGGGGCUGAAGUUCGAGAGGCGCCACUUCCACGCCACAUUCAGCACCAAGGAUCGCCUCGAGGGCAUGACGGCGUUCGUGGAGAAACGCCCGCCGAACUUCACCAGCGAAUAACCAGCAAAUGGAAAGAGUUGUGGAACUGUUGCAUUUAUUCCCCAAGUGGAUUUUACAUUUAUUAAAGCUUGCACCCUA